GAUCUUGGUUUCAAACUCUGAGAAUGGACAUUGUUGUGCAGCAGGACCUCGACUUGAAGUACAGCACGCGGCGGCACAAGUGCAUCCUGCUCCCGCGGUUCUCGGCUGCAGGCGAGCUCAGCCUCACGCCAGUGGCAGUGACUCCCAAGCACAACGCCCAGGCGCGGCAGCAGCAGCAGCAGCAGCAGCAGCAGCAGCUGGACGCGGGCUCGGCAGCCCCCAGCCAGCACGACUUCCCGCACGCGAUCGUCUCGCUUGCCCUCCACCCUUCGCCCGGCGACGACUACAUUCGCCAGCUAGUGUCAGAGUUUCAUACCAUCUUUUGCGAUGUGCAGAAGGCUGUCAAGGCCGCUGCUGCCAAGACUGCUCUGGCGCCCGUAACCACCGCCUCGCGAAGGCUUUCACAGUUUUCAAACACACAAUCCGCGCUGUCGUCGGAAACAUCUGCAAUUCUCAGCAAGCGGUAUCGGCAGGCGCUCAAAGCGACCGAGCUCAAUCUGCUCCACGACCUGCAGCGAACAGCGAUUGUUGCAGGUCAUGCUGAUGCUCAAGCUGCACUCGAAAAUCAUCAUCCUGUUUGUCAAGAAAUGUUCCAGACACGUCAAGUUAUCGUUUCCUCCAUGACCCUGUGGCACUUGUGCGAAAUCAUGUUUAUCGACACUCGAGCGAAUGGCCUGGUCACCGACUCGCUCUGCGCGUGGCUCCAACACUCGUUUGACGCCUCUGUGGAGCGCUUGCCCGACGAGUUCAUUCCUGCGAGUGCAGCCAAUCGGUCGGUCGAAGAGUUGCAAUUGUGGGCAUAUAUUGCUCGACUCGUCAUGCGUGGCGACACGGACUCGGCCCAGCAGCUAUUGCCUCAGCCAAACGAGUCCCCCUCGGCCGCAGUUUGCUUCGGCCCAAUGAAUGCGCUCCUGGCAAAUGUCCCGCGUGGUUCAGCUGCCACCUCUGUGUCCGAGUUUAUGCUGGCAUGGUCGCGAUGGCGCGAGGAGUGCCGAAUUCAGCAGCGCGACGUUUUUGCGGGGCACUUUGGCUGGGAGUUACUUGGCCGAGUGUUGCUCGGCGACCAAGCAGUUCUCCGCAAGCUUGCACAGCAAUGGUACGAGCUUGUGGUGGCCCGUCUCUUUCUCGUCACACCCAACACGAAGGUCUUUGAUCUCGGCCUGCUGGCCCAAGAGGCGAUGGCUGAGCUUCCACCGCCACUUCCGAUCAGCCCCGACCAAGCCGAAGCCGACACCGGGGCUGGUGAAUUUGAUCGCAUCAUGGCUGCGGCGUUCGAGUUUGACAUUCAAAAAGUCGUUCAGGACUGCACCACCCUGUUUGAUGGCUGGUUUGUGGCUCAUUUCACCGACCUGCUGCAACGGUGCGGAAAGCUCGAGUCGAUUCCGUUGGCCUACGGGUCGGAUAUUCGCGAGUUUUUCGUGCUGGAAUAUGCCAACCAGCUCGCGUCGCACAACGCAUUGUGGCGCUUGGCUUGCGACUACUUUGCCUCGUGCAGCGUCUUUGGUCCCCACUUUUUGAAGGCGUUUGUCGAGCGCGUUGCCCCGUUCUCGUCCGAAAAGAAGGCGGCCAAGUUGAUGUUGACCUGUGACAGGUUUGGCUUGACUGAGGAGCGAAGCACCAUCCACAAGGUUCUCGGCAAGUGGCGACUUCAGCAAGGGCGGCUCGGCGCGGCUCUUGGCCAUUUCAUUCAAACGCGCGACGUGACCCAUGUUACUGCCAUUUCGCUCCAACUGCUAGACUCCUAUCGCCAAACCGGCGUGCUACCCGAUCUGGCUGUGCUUGAUGCAUUUGGCACCGAAGUGGGAAUGAGCAAGGCUUUGACCAUCCUGCACAAAUACAAGCAAUUCCACUCACUCUACCGAUCCGGCGAUCUGCGCGAGGCCGCUAGACUUCUUGUCGACUUGUUAGCCCACGAAAGCGCGCCCAAGCGAAUGUGGUUUACAUUGCUGCUUGACGCGCUACCAUUGCUCGAGAGCGAGCAGCUGCUAUUUGGUGUGAGCCAGACGUACAUUCUCAUGCGCAGCGUAGAGGAGCUUUGCGAAGCACACAACUUGACGAGUCUGUUGGCGCUGGAUCUGAAAGCUGAUGGCAAAUCCUCCUCCUCCUCCUCCUCGUCAUCAUCAGCGGCGUCUGCUGCUGGCGGUGCGCGCCGACAGAUUAAUGAGCAAAUGGAGGUGGUCCGACUCGCUUUGGCCCGCAACCUGUCCCGAGCGCUGGUCUUGAAGCAACAAUGAGUUUGAGAGUAAACCUGCAUUUUCCCCAGCUGUAUUUGCUGAUGCACCAAAGAGCGCUUCCACAAUACCUCGAACGGUCUGAACGAAACGUAAUAUUGUUUCAACAUGCAAAUAAUCAUGGAGACACACACAUGCACACGCUUACAUGUGAUACAUGUGGAUGAAUAAUCGAGAGGAGCA